CCGUCGCUGGUAACGGAACUCAUCAACAUGCUGCUACAACCUAUGUAGAGACUAAUGUGCUCUCUUCUUGCGUUUAUACAAAUACAAAUAAGUUGUGCCAUUCUGUUGUUGAUCCACACACCUUCAAUGUAUCAACGGUUUGCCCUUGGGCUAUUGGACCCGUUGCCUUUCCUUGUUAAAAUCCCUGUUUACUCACCCAAAAAUGAACUUGCGACGUUGCGGAAUCGUGUUAUACUGGUUGAUGGUGAACCUGAAAAAAAUGUUCUUGCUUGCAUUAAGUUCAAUCUCACUGUUCCAAUACAAUACUUUUUCACGACUAUAAAUUGUCUCUAUGUUUGCCUUCUUUUGUUUGUCGGUGCAUCUGUUAUAUUCGCACUGUUUUUCAAUCCAUGGACAGGAAACCUUGAUCCAUUUAAGGCAAUAUGCAACUUCAGCAUGGAUCCUGAUGCUUUAAGAAUGACUGCUUUAGGGUUUACAGACUUCGUCUUGUAUUUGCAAUUUAUGGUUUCCACUGCAAUGCUCACGGUUGCAUUUCCAAAGUUUUACAUUAAUACUAUGUCUUUAAUUUCGUGGUCAACACUCUUAUUUCGUGUGUUUUCUUUUGGCGAACUACAGCAAUACACAUUUGUUGAUUAUGUUGACUUUUUUGGAAAAAAUGGUUACUCACUAAGCCCUAUUAGAACAAAAUUCUACGGAUUGUAUUCUUUUUUGGACUCUGUUGGCGUCAAUAUUGACUGCUGGGUUCCAUUUAUGGUUAUAUGGAUCAUCUUCUUACUAGCUUGUUGUUGUUUGGCUAUUUUGAUCGUAGGCGUGCGAUGGAUGUCUAGCCGAAUUUUCAAAUAUACACAAAUAAAAAUGCAUUACAGCAUUUGGAAAUUUACAUUCGGAGUUAUUCUCCGGUUUUUUAUCAUUACAUAUAAUCCGUUAGUUACAUAUUUGUCUGCGCAAUAUGUUGCUCCUCCUCAUCGCAGCGGAAUUGUUCCUAUAACGCUGUUUGCUGUCUUAACCAUAUUCUUUCCAGCUAUCGUUUUGUUGUCUAUGUUACAUGUUAGUCCACGAUCAGACUUGUAUGAUAAUCCCGCAUAUUUACAUAUGUUUGGUCCUUUAUAUAACACUUAUAGGGAGGAGGCUAUCUUUUUCUGGGUUUAUCAUUGCUUUAUUCAGUUCUUAAAAGGUCUCGUCACUGGAACUGCAAUAGCGUCUGGAACAAUGCAGCUGAUAUUAUCCGUUCUUAUUGAGUGUACAAAUUUAUUUGCGUACGUGUAUUGGCGGCCGCACUAUCCACAAACAAACAUGAACGCACUCAAUGUGUUUCUUUCCUUGGUAAGGCUUAUUGUGCUCUUUCUAAUUAUUCCACUCAGUUUACGGUUAAAAACUCCGGAAUCUAUCCGGGAAAUGUUGACAUAUGCGAUACUCUUUAUUCAUGCUAUUGUUUGCUUCAUAUUUAUGAUUUUCUCUACUCAGCGAAUAGUAGAGGUUAUUGCACGAAUGCUAGGAGCUCGUAGUGAAAGCAAAGGUAUUGCACUUGAUCGACCGUUUGGUUGGGCCCGCGUUUUUGGUAUCAAUGAGUUAAAACGACGAAGACGCCCCCCAUCUAAUCCGCGAUUGAGCCUGGAUACGUCUUCCUUAGUUCUCUCUCAAAAGUCUAUGGCCACAUCAUCGCCUAUAAAUACUGUAACAACCGGAUUUGCUAGCUCGUAUGUCUCGACGCCCGCUUCCGAUGAUUACACUGGAAAAACGAACUCGUGUAUUGCGGGUUCUUCUACUGCUCUUCUCCUCCCGAAUAGUGCCGAUACUCCUUCUUCUCGUGGCGACAAUUCACCAGUAUACUCUUACUACCGCCCUCCCAAGCAAGCCUUUCUAAAUAAGCGUCGUAUGAAUUCUGAUCGAGACCGAUCGUUGAAGAUGGACAUUCUGACCUUCGAGCAAACCAGUAUCUUUCAAAACGGGGUGGACUAUGCCGUUCGCGAAGCUGAUGUUUAUCACCCGUAUCUUGAUGCAAACACUGCAAAAGCGUAUCACGAGGCUGCUCGUGCUUUACCUCUAAAUACCGCGUCCUCAAAUGCUACUAGUUACAAAAAGGGUCUUUGGAAAACUAUCUACGACUUUGGCCAGAGUCUACUCAAAUUGCCGAGACUGAAGAAAAGGCAGGAGGAAAUUCCAGCAGAGAAAGGCUUCCAAGUAAUUCGGCCAUGCCCGCAGAGGAAUCCUCAGUUAUCAUCAACCAUGACUAAAGAACCACAAAAGCCUGUCCCCGAUCUCCAAUUUCCUCCUGAAAUAAAGAAACGUGAAAAGAAAUAACAAGUAUGUACAACUCUAUUGAUAACCCAUUCUCCAUACCUACUUGCAAAUCUCUCUCUUAAAACCUACGGCCCAUUUUAAGCUUGUACAAACUUCAUGUACUAAACUACACCAAUCAAAUUCUGAAAGCAAUAAUAUAUAUAGUCGUACGCCACAUGUUUACUUAUAUAUAUGUUUGCAUGCCUCCCAAGACGAAAAAUUGGUUCGCGAAGGAGGCUGCAUUAAU